AUGCUGGCUUUCAAGGAAUACCAAGUUAUCGGCCGUCGUUUGCCAACUGAGUCCGUUCCGGAACCAAAGUUGUUCAGAAUGAGAGUCUUUGCUCCAAAUGAAGUUGUUGCCAAGUCUCGUUACUGGUACUUCUUGCAAAAGUUGCACAAGGUCAAGAGGUCUUCUGGUGAAAUCGUGUCCGUUAAUGUGAUCAGCGAGGCUCACCCAACCAAGGUGAAGAACUUUGGUGUCUGGGUCAGAUACGACUCCAGAUCUGGUACCCACAACAUGUACAAGGAAAUCAGAGAUGUUACUAGAGUUGGCGCUGUUGAGUCCUUGUACCAAGACAUGGCUGCCAGACACAGAGCUAGAUUUAGAUCCAUCCACAUCUUGAAGGUUGUUGAAUUGGAAAAGACUGCUGACGUCAAGAGACCAUACAUCAAGCAGUUCUUGACAAAGGACUUGAAAUUCCCAUUGCCACACAGAAUCCAAAAGUCCAGCAGCAUCUUCGCUUACAAGAGACCAUCCACUUUCUACUAA